UCUCAGGCAAAGUGCGCAGCGAGUAUAUUAUUUUGCAGAAAUUAUAAAGUAAUAUAAUAUAGGGACAAUGAGCAAAGCUGCUAACAUUUUGCGUGUUGCUUUGUUGCAGUUGAGAGGCUCGAAAGACAAAACGGCCAAUGUACUAAAUGCCGUUAGUAAAAUUGAACAGGCUGUUAAGGAGCAUAAGCCACGGCUCAUAACGUUGCCCGAGUGCUUUAACUGUCCCUACGGCACCAAAUACUUUCGCGAGUACGCGGAACAUAUUCCAGAUGGCUACACGAGCCAGCAGCUGUCAAAGGCCGCAUUGGAUAAUCAGAUCUAUCUCAUUGGCGGCACGAUUCCGGAGUUGGGGGAGAACGAUGCCAUUUACAAUACGUGCACCGUUUGGGGUCCCAAUGGCGAGUUAUUGGCCAAGCAUCGGAAAAUGCAUCUGUUCGAUAUUGAUGUGAAAGGCGGCAUUCGAUUCAAGGAGUCGGAGACUCUGUCGGCCGGCAACGACUUCACUAUUGUUAACGUUGAUGGGCACAAGAUCGGGAUUGGCAUCUGCUAUGACAUUCGCUUUGAGGAGAUGGCACGCCUCUAUCGCAACAAUGGCUGUGAGAUGAUUGUAUACCCGGCUGCAUUUAAUAUGACCACUGGUCCUUUGCACUGGGAACUGUUGCAGCGAGCGCGCGCUAAUGAUAAUCAGCUCUUUGUGGUAACAACCUCGCCGGCUAGGGACACCUCUGCCGAGUACGUUGCGUACGGCCAUUCCAUGAUUGUGGACCCAUGGGCCAAAGUCCAGAAGACUGCCGACGAAAGCGAGCAGAUUUUAGUCGAUGAUAUUGACUUUUCUCUAGUUGAGCAAGUGCGUCAACAAAUUCCCGUGUUCAGCCAGCGGCGUCUUGACCUCUAUGGCACCGAAAAGAAAUCCAAAUGAUUUAUUAUUGCAUUUAUCUUGUUACGUCUAUUAUAUACGAAAUGUGUUUCUAAAAUCAAA